AUGUCUGUCAAACCCAAGGGCCAGCUUCUUGAAGCCGUAGUCUAUCUCAAGCGUGACAGCAACCCUCCGUUGGAAAUUGGAACGAAGCUUCCAGCUGGGUUCCUAGAUCAGAAUUCGACGUCGAAACGGAACGCUACGAUGGGCAUCGAAUGUUACCCAUUUCUAGCCAAGAGCCAGGAACAGGGGGCGUGA